AGUUUUGUUUUUAUUCAAAAACAUCUACUAGUUUCUUCUUCUGGAAAAUGCCUCUUCUUGGAAAUAAAUUCUCUCCAAAAAGGACAACUCCACGAAAAUCAUCAUCUCUCUCUAAUAUUACCCAUGAUUUAGAUCCUGCAUACAUUCAAGAAGAAUUGGGUGUUAACUAUGGACCAAUUAAGCUACAGCUUGGAAAUCAGUUGGCUAAAUUUGUAAAUGGCCAGUGGAUUAUAGAUUCAAAAAGGUCAAAUGCAUCGUUAAAAGAAACAGAAGAAUUGAAACAACAAAAUAAACAACUAAUUGAAGAAAACAAUUUACUGAAGUACAAGUUAGAAAUUAUGUUAGACCUGCUCACAGAAAAAACACUUGAACUUCAUCUGCAAGAGAAUGAAAUAGAAGAGUCAACAAAAAGAAGAUUAAUGGAACAAAGUAAAUCGCAGAGUAUGUUAAACAGAAUAAAAUAA